CAACCAUUAGUACCUGGUAGCUGACAUAAUUGUGUUUACAAAAAGGAAACGGCCAUAGAUGUUCCCAAAAGGAAAAAAGAAGAAAGAUUUUGAUUUGAAGAAGGUUAAAUAAUCAGUAACAGAGAGAUGUUAGUGACAUGGGAAAUGUUGGUUCGAAUGGGAAGAAUGAUAUGGUUGGGUUUAUGUUAUUGGAUUUCAUCAUGUCUUACUGUUGCUGAUGAGAUUGCUCGUUCAAUCAGAAGUGGUGAUAUAGGUCCUUUUCAUGCUGGUUAAUCUCAUCCAUGUCAUCAUCAUUUCUUAGCUAUUUGAUUGUACUGGAUUUGGAAUUUAAAAAAACAUGUGAACUGAGUCGUGGUUGACGGUAGUUGAUAGAAAAAUGAACAGAUUGUACCAUGAACUUGACUGUAAGCCUGAGCAGAUUCGAAUUUUACAUCGAUUAUGAACCACGAGAUGAAUCUUGAGUUUAAGUGGGAUUAUUUUCAUGUUUCUAUCUAAUUUCAGGUAUUCGUAUUUUACUUUUAAACAUCAUUGAUUGCUUGAGUUUGAUUCAUUUUGUAUAAGAACUGAUGUCUGGACUAGGAAACAUGUACUUGUUGUCUGGUGAACUAUCAGGUAUUUGGGAGGUUCAAAUAUAUAGUGUUUAUUGUGUAACUCUUUGUUUGUUCAUAAAUUGUGCAAUGUUCAGUCGUGUUUUCCAUCAUUUAUGUCGACUAUAAGGAGGCUUUGUUUGGUUCAGUGAAUGAAAUUUGUAUAUAUUUUGGAAAGUUUGAGCAUGUUUUCGAGGAGAUCAAUUAUUUCGGCGUUAGUUGGUAAUGAACUCAGGCUAAAGAACAGUUCUGGUAAUGUGUGAGUGAUUCCUUAAACCCUCCUCAGCACAGUACCAGCUGCAAAGCCAGUGGAUUUUGUUUUCGUGGUGAAUUUUUUAUCUGGACAAACUCAACUCUAUGGACACUAGACAGAGAACUCAAGCACAAAAGCUUAUGAAAUCUAGUUUUCUGCAAGGGUUUGUUUCUCCCUGAAGAGAAGAAGUGUGUCUCUUUCCCAGACAGUCAGUCGGUCAUUAAGUUUGUUUCUGUAUUAUACGUAUCCAGGAAAAAAAAACCUCUCAUAUGAAUCUCAUUGGAUCUCAUCUAAGGCGAUUGGUUCUUAUUGAAAGUUUCAGUUGCUAUGGCCUUGGAACCAGGAGUGAGUCAGAAACAUUGUACCACUAAAGAAGGAAAUCAAUUCUAUGGGAAGUUUUGCAUACAUCCUUUAUGG